AUGGCAGCAACUCCCUCUCAACAUCCUGUUUCCAAAGAUGUUGCUGCACAUGUUCCUGAAAAUGCUGCUGCACCUAUUGUCUCAGACAAUGCUUCUCAAAAUAUUGCUGAGGAUGCUGCUCCUUAUCAAGAUGAGGAAAUGCCUGACUUUUCUAGGAUGUCCUUUGCCGAGCAUAUCAUGUGGAAACUCUGGCAGAGGCAGCUGUUCAAGUGGAUGCACCACCUUCCCAGGUUGAAGAGAAAGAGAAAAGUGAUGACAAUGGAAGAAGAUGUUGUCACACCUGUUGCAUCACCUGAGCCAGCAUCCAUCCCAGAUGAACUUGAAGACUCAGAAGAAGAGGAAUCCUCUGAGGAAGAAGAGCUAGACUUAGAUGGGAAGGAUCUGUCAACUCAUUUUGAGAUUACUUAUCACCAGUCCAUGGUGGCAAUGCUCCAAAAGGCUCUUUCUGAUCAAAAAGGGGGAGAAAAAGCUAGUCAUAAAGUUGAAGCAGGGACUUCUCAUCCCUUGGAUGCCAGAGACAGAGAGCAAGGUGUUAAUGAAGAAGGAGCAAAGAAUGAGGGUGAAGCUCAAGAAGCAGAGGAAAGCAGUGGAUCCAGUGCUAGUGAUGGAGGAACAGCAGCUGAUACUGAGAAGACUUUGGAUAUUCUGCUCUAA